AUGACUUUAGAAUAUAAAUGGCGAUUAUGUAAAAUUCCUCUUACACAUACAUUCAUUCAACUCAAAUCUGAUAAAUCUACAGCAUUUGAAAGAAAUGAAUCACGACAAUUGUUUAUAGAACAUGAAGCAUUAUGGCAACAACUAUUAUCUACUCCUUACAUGGUAUCGAUGAUUGAAAAAGAUCAUCAUUCGAAAGAAGAUAAUCUUACUAUGGAAAAUAUUAUUAGAUCGAAACGUUGGAUUGUUAUUUUAGGUGAUCCACGAAGUGGAAAAACAUGUUUUGUUCGAUGGUUUGUUCAUCAUCUAGCACAAAUAUUGCUUUUCAAUAGAUCAGAUUCUACUCAAUAUGGUCCUCUUCGUAUACCAAUCUUGAUUCAUAUUGGUGAAUUUGCUGAAAUAUUAAAAGAACAACCAUUACUCACUCUAUUUGAUUAUAUUGGAAAACAUAAAUGGAUGGGCAAAUCAAUUGUUGAUGAUUCCAUUGUCUCAUCUGAUAAUAUAUCAUGUGCUCUUCAAGAUUACAUUAGACAAGGACAAGCUAUAAUCAUACUUGAUGGUCUUGAUGAAAUUUCUGUGUCUAAUCAACGUUUAAAAAUCAUUAAUAUUAUUGAAAAUUUCGUUCAGACUUAUAUUCAAAUACCUACAGAUGUUGUUUCUGUCUUUGACAAUGUAUAUAUGAACAAACUAUUUGAUGAUCCAUCUCGAUUAGGAGGUAAUCAAUUGAUUGUUACAAGUCGUAUAGUUGGUUAUUAUGCUACUCCAUUAGCGGGACAAUUUGCUCAUUAUACAAUUCAACCAAUGAAUAUGGAAAUUAUUAAAGAUUUUAUUGAUUAUUGGUUUUUUCGUAUACAUCAAUGUGUAAUUCAGAUUUUAGGUCUUCCAUUAAUUAAUCAAGCUCAGAAUCAUAGUGAAGUACUGAAAAAAGAAUUGGAAAAGCCUGAAAAUAUUGGUCUUGUUGAUAUGGCUUCGAAUCCUGGUUUACUAUCAUCUAUUUGUACUAUAUAUUUUAGUCAAUUAAAUAAUUCAUCUGUAUCUAUUCAACGUAUUCUUCUAUAUGAAUUAAUUAUGAAAUCAAUGAUAAAUUUAUGGCAUAGUAAAAUAUCGCAUGUUGAUACAUUAAAAAUAAAUCAAAUUCUUUCUGAAAUUGCUUUUCGUAUUCAUCAAAAUUCAACAUCAAAUUUUAUUGACGAUGAAGAAAUAAACGAAAUCUGUGUUCAAACAAUUCAAGCAUCCAUACAUAAAACAUUACUAACAACAGAAGAUAUGAAUGAUAUCGAAAAACAAGCAUCUGAUAUGGCAAAAAUCAUUCGUAAUGAUAUUGGUAUUUUAACUUUACAAGGCAAAUCACUUUAUAGUUUUCUUAAUUUAUCAUUUCAACAAUACUUCACUUCCUUGAAGUUCAUCGAGAUAGAUACUUUAAGACAAAGAAGAUUUCAUACUGAUGGAUUAGAUCGAGAUAGUAAAAUUCAAUUUAUUGCUCAAUCAUUGUAUCGUCAUACAAAUGAUGUACGAUUUCAUGUACCAAUUACAAUUGCUCUCGGGAAAAUCAGUUCUUCUUGGCCUCAAAAUGAUUUUAACGAUCUCUGCUAUGAAUAUAUGCAAAUACAAGACAAAGAUGAUUCUCUAUUACUACUUGGAGCUUAUAUAUUGAUUAAUAGUGUCAAUAAUUUUGUUAAUUAUCCUUCAAAUGAUAUUUUAUUCAAUGCUUUAGAUCGUUUAAUAAUUGCAGCUGGUCAACACCAAUGGUCGAUUGUUUGUCCGUUUCUAUUCCAUCAAAUUACAAAUGUAUUGAGAAAAUUUCCACAUGAAAUUGUUUCAUUAUGGAUUAAUAAAUUAUUAUCUCAAUCUUCUCAACAUAAUAUUCAAACAAUAACAGCUCUUUGUCAUCUUCUCGAAGGAAAACCUCAUGAAUUUGAAAAUAUUAAAUGGCUCGAUCAAUCAUCUUGUUCAAUACUUCAAUCUUUAUCAAUACUUGAUAAUGAAAAUAAUGAAUAUGUUAUCGAUCGAUUAUUAAUUAAAAUUACUUUCUCAAAUCAUCAAUUAUUAUCUUCUAAUCUAACUACUUUCAAAGGAUUCUUACUUGAUAGAAAGAUUGAAAUGACAUCAAUUCCUAUGAUUCUCUUUCCUUUAAUCAUUACUUUAUAUGGUGGUUUAAAACGAGAUGGUCAAACUGUUAUAUUCGAUCCGUCAUAUAUACAUCGAGAAUCAACUGUAUUAACACCAAUUUUAAUACGUUUCUUCUGUGAACAAGAUCAAAAUUUAAAAAAAUUAAAACAAGAAUGUAUAAAAUCUUUUGUAAUACGAAUAGAAAAUCAUGAUGAAACUUCAGAAACAAUUGAUUUAUGCAUUGCAACUACUUGCUUUUAUAAUAUUGAAUAUAUACAAGAAAAUUUGAAAUCUAUUUCUAAUUCUUUAUUACGUAUGAGUAUGAAUAGAUUAAAAUAUAUUUCAAUGAUUUUACGUCAAUUCUAUUUUUCUACUAAUGAAAAUGAUCAAUUGAUGGAAAAUGAAAUAACAAAAUUUAUUUCAACUACUAUUGAAAAUUUUCAGUAUGUUGAAUCAGCAAGAAUUCAUUUUUUGAAUUUAUUAGAUUCAUUAAGAAGUAGUAUAGCUCGUUUACGAUCUUCUUCAACAUCAAUUUUAUUAGAAGGAGAAUCAAAUUCUGAUAGACGAAUAACAUUAGUCUUACCGAAUUCACUUCGAAAAGAAGAUAAAUUCCUCAAUGGUCUUCUAUCAACAGAUGUACAAUUUUAUUCCGAUCAAAAAUCUUGUUCGAUAUUACAUCAUUUCACCAAACUUUUCUGGCCAUUAGAACAUGAUGAUAAGUUCAAUACACAAUAUAGAAUGGCAGUUGCAUUGGAUACAAUACCAGAAUAUUUACAUUUUCGCAACGAUGAAGAUCUUAUAUUUCCAUUAACAUUUAUUCCAUUACAUCUACGAAAUCUUUAUGUUCGAUUAUUGAAAGGAAAAUUUGUUAUGAUUAAUCCAAAAGAUUCUAUGAUCAAUAAUAGACAACAUCUUUAUUUUGGUCAGAUUUUAGUUGAAUGUUUGAUGUUUUUAUCAAAUGCAUCGUGUAAGAGAUUGUCUAUUAUGAGUGCCUUAAUUACUAUGUUACCUUGGCUUCGAAUGCAACAAUUAGAAAACUUUGGUAGUAGUCUUCUAUGGAUGCUAUCUAUUAAAGAUUCUGACGCUUUGGGUACAUAUGAAAUAAAAAAACAACGUUCAAUGAAUUAUGAAACUGGUCAGUAUACAGAUAUAGAUGAGAAUCCUUUUUAUGGAACUGAUCUAAUAGAUGAACAACGAAAAAGUGUCAUACAAAAUAAUAUUGAACAAGAAUAUGAUAGACUUCAAAAUGCUUUAAUUGAAAAUGAUCAACACAAUAUAAAACUUUAUUCUGCAUCAAUCUCUUUGGCACAUGUUUGUCAUUGGAGUGAUGAAGAAAGAAAAUUAUCUUUAUUAGAACAAUCUAUACAUGGAGCUAUGUCAAUUCAGAAUAAAAUUGUUCGUCUUGAUGCCUUAUGUGUAAUUGCUUUAUAUUCUUAUUCGGAUUAUAAUCGAAUUAAAUUAGAGAGAGAUAGAUCUUUACAAAAAGAAAUUGAACACCAAUUUAAUGAAAUUUAUUCAAAUCUACCACUUCUAUUAGAAACAAUUAUUUUUAUUCGAUGUUUACCUUUACUUCAAUCUUCACAAACAAUUGAUAAUUGUCUAAAAAAUCUCUUUGAUAAAUUUGCUACUACAGAUCUACGAGAUCAACAAGUAGUUAUUGAAGCAUUAUUACCAUACAUGCAAUUAAAUCAUACUUUUUCAUCUAUUACAAAUUGUUUUUCAUUUAAUUUACAAGAUCAAAAUAAAACAAUAUAUAAUAAAUCUUCUUUAUUGAAGAAAUAUUUUAAUAUUGAUUCAUAUGAAAAUUUAUCGUUGUCAUUAUUUAUUUCUAAUUUAUAUUUAAUGGAAUUAGUAAAUGAUUUUCAUGAAAGUAUGAAAAUAGACAAUCGUCAAUUUACUAUUGAAGAAUUAAUAACAACUAAAUUAUUUCAAUUUGAUAAUUUUAUUUUAACAGAAGCACAGACAAUAACAAUAACUAAUAUCAUUCUUUCAUUUGUUUCGAUAAGAGAUCAAUCUGAACAAUUCGAUAAACUUUGGAUUAUUUUAAACAAUGCUCUUCAUCAUAUGAAAUGGGUAGAAUUUAAAGCAUAUCGUUUGUUAGAAUCCUGGUUGAAAUUUAAAGAUUCAAAUGAACUAUCUUUAUUUGCUUAUCAUGCUGCACUUCUUCUAAUUAAUUCAGAUUUAUGGUCUGUCGAAGCUACAAUAAUUCUAUGUGAUCUUUUAUGUAGUGAUGAUGAUCGUUUUCGUCAUAGAGCUGAAAUUAUAUGUCGAUCAUCAAAUGAUAACAAUGUUCGAACUAGUUCGAAGUUGGGCAUUGAUGUUUUAUUAAUUUUACUAAGAAAAAAGGUUCACUAUCAAGUAACUUCAGCAUCUGCUCAACUUACAUUAAAUCGAAUGCUUAGAAAUAUAACUAUAGAUAUUCAAUCUCAUCUAGAAACGUUACUCUGGUUAGAAAGAUAUAGAAUUCAUGCAUUGAUCAAUCAAGAAUAUUCUUUCAAUACAUCAAGACCAAGAAGAAAUGCGUAUAUAACUUCAUUUUUUUCAACCGACAUCGCGAUAGAUGGAUGCUCCUUUAUUAAUGUGUCUCAACUGUCUAAUGACCUAAUAAUAUAUAUGUGUGAUAUGGUUGCAUCAAAUUUAUUUUCAUAUUGGGAAAUCGACGGAGAUACAACGUCAAAUGGAGUUUGUGAAAGUCAUACACAAUUUGUUGUUUCAGUAGUUUUAAUUUUACAGGAGUUAUUGACUAAUAUCGAUGUAGCACAGCAAGCAGCAGUUGAUGCUCUUAUGAAUUUAUUCGAAAUAUCCAACAACAAUGGAAUUCGUCAAGCAGUGGCAUGUACUCUUAGUUACGUAUGUAACGUGGAGACAUAUAGAACCUUAUUUGAAAAAAUUAUAUUAGUAAUGAGUAACUUAUGUCAAGAGACUACUACCUAUUCUAAUGAUGUUUUAAGUACACUAAUUUCAAGUUAUUCCUUUUGUGUAUCUAUAAACAAAAUUGCAUUUGAUCAAGAUGAUAUGGAUCUUUUUUGUACUUUGUUAAAACAUGACUCACAGACUAUUAGAAAAGCAGCUUGUACAGGACUUGCUCGUGCUCUGCAAGACACAUCGUUUCUACUUGAAAUGUUUAGUUAUGAUUACAUUCAAUGUUAUCAUGGAUUGAUUGGAUCAACUGCAUACUCAUAUCUUUACGAUGUACAACAAAACAGUGAAAAUGCUACUGCAAAGUUUAUUGAAGAACAUCCUACUCUAUUGUCAAUCUUUACCGUUGAAUUAUACGACAGAAUUCGGCACUUUACCACCAGAGUAUUACCGAUAGUAGAUAUAGAUUAUUAUUUAGCUUUCGGCUAUCCUCAAUAUGUAAAUAUUGCCAGUUUAAUCGCUGAAAAAAUGCCGACAAUGUUUUGUGCUUUCAUUAAAGAUUGGCCCAAUGGAGAUAAUUUGAAACGUGCAUUGUUUUAUACUAGUAAACAACAUUACUUUCCACGAUGUGCUGCUUGUUUAAUAAUUCUAUCCAUAUUCGGUGAGUUAACAGUCGAUUUAUGUGAAAUGUUCAUCGAAGCUGUACAUGAUGAUCCGUAUAUUCAAAACACUUGUUAUAAAUGUAUUUCACAUAUUCAUUCAGUUAAGGAUGAAAAUAAUGUUUUGAAUCUUUUGUUUUCUUAUUUAAAAUCAAAAUCAAUGAAUGUUCGACAUAUUACAGCUAAAAUACUUCUUCAUCUUUCUCAAUUAUGUCUUGUCCCAUCUAAACAAGUUCAAACAGCAUUAAAGAAUCUUAUAUUAGAUCCAAAUUCAAAUGAAGAUCUAUGGUUAAUUGAAGAACAAGAUGCUCUAUUGGCCAAGAGUGAAUAUUUUUAUGCUGGUUCACUGAAAGAUGUAAUUUAUUCACUUUUGAUUCAAAAUGAAACUGGAGAUAAAAAUAACAUUAUUCGAAGAAAUGAAUACAAUGAUAUUGAUUUGCAUUUUAUGCAAUCUGAAAAAGUAUCCCGUCUCGCUUCAUGUCUCUAUGAAAGAAGACCUGAAGAAAACGACGAAUAA